CCUGUUUGAACCGCAAUCAUUCACCAUGCAGCCAGUCAAGAGUCUGAGUCGUGAGGCUGCAUGUGAGGCCGUUCGUGUCUUAUGCGUCGGUGCCCUACUAGCUGAGUCACCGAGCACAGCUCCGCUAUUUCAUGCUGACUCUCCGCCUUCAUCCGCCAAUGCACGCAUUGCAGCUAGACAAGUACGCUGCCAGCAAGCUCAUGGUGGUUGUCGUCGUUGUUGCUGUCUGAGUGGCAUCCAAAUUCAAGGCGGAUCGAGCCACUAUUGCCUCUGAUGACCGAUCUCUGCGUGCACCAUGCAGAAACAGCUGUGGCCUAGCUGUGAGACCGGACGCCGACGAGUGGCGUCGAUUCGUGAUUCACAUUCAAAUUGCUGCUUUUGCUUAUUGCUCUGUGCGUGGCGCCGGCGGUACCGUAGAGCGCUGCAUGAGAUAGAGUGCUUGCUGUGUACCCGUACGCCUCCUUAUACAAAGCUGUGACGCUCACACUGACAAAGGACGAUUUUUGUGACUCAAGACUUGCUUGACCUGAGCGAACACUCUUGACUCGUGGGUUGCAAGCAUAUCUGGCAGAGAGCGAGAAUGGAGCAGAUUCCGUGAGAUCAGAAUGGAGCGUAGAAUUUUCGAGACGAGUACACGACGAGUGAUUCAGAUUUGCCUAGGAAAGUAGUCGAUGCGCCACCUCACAUUGCGCCGAC